AUGUCUGUUGAAAGUUUGAUUGUUGGAGAUCAGAUACGAUUGACGUUAAGUGAUAACGCUCGAUAUGUAAACUGGACAGUUAUUGUGGUUACAGCACCAGAUCAAGAAAGUGUUUAUGCAUUUGAUAUUGUUCUUCGACAACGUCAACGUUAUGGAUUAAUCGAUAAAUCCACUGUGAUACUGACUGUUAAUGAUCCACAAGACAAACUUGGUAGUGGUGGAGCAACAUUAAAUGCGCUCUUAGUUGCUACGGAGUUUCUAAGUGCUAAAGCUGGCUAUUCUCUUAUCAAUACAAAUGUCUUACAUUCCGCACAUAUAUUGAUUCUUCAUACAGGUCGAAUUUUUCCAUACGAUGCAUGUCAUCGUUCAUUAGCAACAUUACCUGCUCGUUUUGGACCGAAUCACCCAUGGCUUUUAACUAAUUUAGACUUACUUUUAUACGAUUUUAAUAAUUUCAUUGCUUCAAGUCACUUGCCCUAUGGUGUUUGGGUUAGCAGCACGGAUGCAUUUGUGACAUUACCAAAAAAUGGUAUUCAGAUUCCAUUCGGCAGUGACAUUCAUGCAUUGGCAACGUUAGAAGACGUUCAAUAUGCAACUGAACAUGGUGUUUACAUAGUUGAUAAAGAAACAAAUAAUGUUAGAAAUAUUUUAUAUCGGGCAUCAAUUCAAGAAUUGAAUAAAUAUUCAAACGAUAACCAAAAAGUGCCAACUAUCUGCAGUAUUGUUUAUUUUUCAGUUAAUUUUGCUGAAAAAUUAAUCAAUUUUCAUGCUACACCGCCGCUUGAUGGUUGUACUUAUGAAGGUAUCGAUAGUGGAUCACAGCCCAAUCAAUUAUCACUAUAUUUUGAUUUUCUUUUGGCUGCCUGCAUUGAUGUUACAUUUAAUCAAUAUUUAUCAUCACAUCAUCGAAGUCAGACAAAUGAUUUAACAAUGCAAUCAAAAACUUUUCUAUGGAAUCAUUUAAAUGGAAGAACAAAAUUUACAUGUGGGAUUCUUCCACAUAGUUGCCAUUUUCAAUAUAUUGAUUCACGAUGGCCUUACUUGAAUGAUAAUAAUAUUCAUUCGCAACGUGAUGAUAUUCAAUGGUUACCAAUUCAACAUUCAAUUAUUGAUAAAACCCAAAUAAAAUCCCAAAAUUUAUCAAUUAUAAAUAGUAUUAUUAAUGAUGAAUGCCAUCUAGGUAAAAAUGUAACAAUACAUAAUUCAAUUGUUGGUAAUCGUGUUACAUUGGGAGAUAAUUGUUGUAUUAAAUCAGUUGAUUUCUCAAAGGAAGAUCUUCAUUUAACACUUCCAUGUGAUGUUAUUAUUCAACGUAUUAUUUUAUCAUUACAAAAAACAAAUGAAACAUCAAAUAAUCGACUAGAUGUCUACACAAUAAUUGGUAUUCAUGAUAAUGUUGAUUGUUUAUUUACUAAUGACAAUUUUACUAUAUUAAAUAUGUCAUGGGAUAAAUUCAAAGAGCAAACUGGUAUUGAUGUUUGGGAUUUAUGGCCAGAUUUACAGAAUGAUUCUGAGAAAAGAACAUUAGCAAAUGCUCAUCUUUAUCCAGUAUUACAUUUUGAUAGUAUGUCAUCAUUGAAGGAAGAUUUACUUUGGUUUUUUAAUCCAACAAAUGAAUUACGACAACGAUGGAAAUCUUCAUGGCGUUUAUCACUGACUGAUAUAUUAACUCGUGCUGAUCAUUAUAAAGAAAUAGUAUACCGUGAAAAUUUAUUUCAUAGAAUAGCUCAACAAAAAAUUUUGAAUUUAAUAUUUCUCCAUGGUAGCAAACAAAGAACAAAUGAUUCAUACUUAGAAUUAUUAAAACAAACAAUUAUUGAUGGACAUUCUAAAGAUAUGCUUGAUACAUUUGAUCGUGCAUGUUUAACUAAUUAUAAUAAAUUACAAAUAUUAUCUUGUCUGUUUUCGGCUAUUGCUAAUACCCUAGCUGAAAUGGCUGGUGGAGAUCGUGUUGGUCUUCGUUCUGGGCCCUAUCUUAAUCGUGAAUGGAAAUAUGCCUUGUUAAUGUUUGAAGAAGGAAAAUAUGUUUUGAGUAUUCAACAUUUAAUUAAACAAAGACAAUUAUGGAUUGAUAGACCUGAUCUUUUAAUACGAGCUGCCCGGCACUAUGAUGGUGCAACACAAACAUUGAUUAAACAAGGUGUCUUAACAUGUCGAUCUAAAUGUUUAGUUAAUGAUAGUGAUAUAUUAAAUUUAUCACAACCAAAAUAUCGACAAGUUAUAGUCGAAUGUCCUGUUCGUCUUGAUUUAUCGGGUGGAUGGACUGAUACACCACCGAUUUGUUACGAACAUGGUGGCAGUGUAUUGAAUGUUGCUAUUACAAUAAAUGGACAGAGACCUAUUGGUGCUCGUGCAAGUCUUGUUGAAUCAACAUCAACACCAUUGGUUACAUUUAUUCUCAAAGGUGAACAUAAAAAAGAUGAUAAAAUAUAUGAAUUACAUUCAUUGACACAAUUCGCAGAUUAUGAUCAACCACAGCGUCCUUGUGCAUUAUUAAAAACAUGUUGUAUUUUUACGCGUAUUAUUGAUUUAGAUACAACACAAGCUAUGACAUUAGUUGAACAAUUAAAAAAAAAAUUAUUUGGUUAUAGUUUAAUACUAGAAGUUUGGUCUAAUGUGCCUGUUGGUUCAGGUCUUGGAACAAGUUCAAUUUUAGCUGGGGCAAUUUUACUUGCAUUAUGGCAUCUUAUUGGUAUUGCCAAUGUUACAGAUAGUAUGAUUAUUCAUGGUGUUUUGGUUGUUGAACAAAUGAUGACAACAGGUGGUGGUUGGCAAGAUCAAAUUGGAGGCUUAUUGCCAGCAUUUAAACUAGGAACAUCAAAUGCUCAAUUACCACUUGAAGUUGCUUGGCGUCAACUUAAUGUUAAAGACAAUAAUAAUGCAAUAUUUUGGGAUAGUUUUGAUGAACGAUUAAUACUUGUUUAUACAGGUCAAACACGUUUAGCACGAAAUCUUUUACAAUCAGUUUUACGCAAUUGGUAUUCAGGUGUAAUAAGUCAACUAUUUGAUGAACUUGAAGAAAAUGCUAUACAAGCAGCUGAAGCUGUUGAACAAGGAAAUUUGUUGAAAUUGGGUGAAUGUAUGUCAAUAUAUUGGCAACAAAAAUUACGUGUUGCGCCAGGUUCUGAACCGGACACAUGUCGUCGAUUAAUCGAUCUUCUAACACCAUACAUAUAUGGUGUAACAUUAGCAGGUGCUGGUGGUGGUGGAUUCCUUGCUGCUGUUGCUAAAACACCAGACGAUGCGCAAACCUGUCGAAAUCUGAUAAAUCAGGAGAACAUUCCAAAUGUAUCACUAUUUUCUGCGCAGAUCGACCGACAUGGACCAGUUGUUACAUUUGCGUGA